UUAAUCAUAACCCCCCCCCUAAACAGGGCGGGUAAACCAGAGACGUUAUAACGUCUAUGGGCAAACAGAGAAUUAGUGCGUCUGCAUGGUAGCAAAAUAUGGAGAGCUCUGACUUUCUUUUCGCGCUAACACUUCAGAAAGAGACAGAAGACGUGUAUGAUCAGAGAUUAUCUCCAACAAAAAAGAUUAUCACUUCUAGCUUUGGAAAUCCAACCGUGCAAAGACCUCUGUCGGUCAUUGACGAAAGUUGGGAGUUGCUAGACCCCAACCCUGAUGUUCGUGCUCUUUUUUUGGAAUUCAACGAUCAUUAUUUCUGGGGCAGGCUAGUCGGAGUUGAAGUUAAAUGGAGUCCACGGAUGACCUCGUGUGCUGGUGUCUGUUCCUAUGAAGGACGUGGUGGAUUAUGUUCCAUUCGUCUGAGUGUUCCACUGCUCAAACUUCGACCAAGGAAAGACUUAGUGGAAACGUUGCUGCAUGAAAUGAUACAUGCCUUUCUGUUUGUAGCAGACAAUGAUAGGGAUCGAGAGGAACACGGUCCCAGUUUCAAGAACCACAUGCACAGGAUAAACAAGGCAUCUGGUGCAAAUAUCACGAUCUAUCACGACUUUCAUGCUGAGGUUGACAGCUACAGACAGCACUGGUGGCAAUGCAACGGACCGUGCAAGAGUCGUCCUCCAUACUUUGGUUUCGUAAAAAGAGCCAUGAAUCGAGCUCCCUCACCAAAGGACUACUGGUGGGGUGAUCAUGCCAGGUCGUGUGGUGGAACCUACACCAAGGUCAAAGAGCCGGAAGGCUUUGAUAAGAAAAAUAAGAGGAAGGAGGACAAGGAAGAAAUAGAAAGUGUGAAAAAUAAAAAAGAAAAUGAAUCAAAAAAAGAGUCUGAAAGCAUGAAAUCAUCUACUUUCAAAAACCUGCAGAAGUUCUUCAAUACUACUCAUACUGUGGACAUAUGGGAAACAUGUCACCAAAUGAUGAAAUAUCUUCUCAAACAACAGUGGUUUUAGAUGUUAGACUUGGUCAUUUUGUAGACCAAGAAGCAAAUAGAAGCAGGAAUCGGUUUUCUGUUACUGAAGGGAGUGGCCUCUGUACGGAUGCUGAAUGGUGCAUCUCAGAAGGCCAAAGUGCAGUCAGACACGGUAGGUCAUGUGCUAGGCAGAGGACAGUUGGGAUGAACUGGCUUUCAUCAGCACGGCAAAAAUGAAUUUUAGAGAUGGCAAGGAACUCAAUGAGUAGUAACACUACCAUCUCUUCAACAAAAUUUUCAUCAUGUGACAUCUGAUCAGAUGAUGGAGAGGCAUAAUACAAGUAGUUCAGAGGGAUCUCUCACUGAUGUAUCUUUUCAUGUUUCCAGUUGUGAAGAAGACAGUUGGCCAACUCCUGAGAGUUACUAUACAAAGACAAAGAACAGUGAAGGGGCCUGGACAAAAGAGAAAAAGAUUUGAUGUUUACGCAGUCUGAUGAUGACAUCAAUCACAAUGUGCCUGUGGCUCGAAACAAAUUAAGUUCUCUCCUUUCUGCAACUGAAACUCUAGCAGUUAAUUCAAGGAGUUUAAAUACUUUUUGAAAAAGUGAAAACAGAAAACUUCAGAAUCGUUUCCUGAUAAGGGGAUAAAAUGCAACAUCAAGAAAUAAAAGAGCUGCAGAAAGUGAUGCUCUGGCAAGACAUGAACGUGAACAUAUCCCAUAAUAGCAAGUUAGCUGAUACCGAGCUUACAGCACUUCUAAUAAUCUCGACUCUUCUUGUGUGAACUUGUCCAGUGUGUCAAGGACAGGUACCAGGUUCCAGCAUAAAUGCUCAUUUGGAUCAGUGUUUAUUACUGUCUUAAACAUUUGUACAUCUUUUCUGUCCAUGCUUGUGUAUUGUGUGGAUACAAAUUUUGACUUCAGAAAGUAGGAGACAGCUUUCUGUUUACUCUCAUCAUUUAGGUCGUUUUCUGAACAUGUGCUUCAAAUUAAAGUUUGCAAAAACAACACAA